AAGAGCAUGAGCAAAAUGGCAGCAGCCACCAAAGUGCUGCCACCAAUAAUUCAAGAUGAGAUGCAGAAGAGACGAAUGAUGAAGAAAGCCACAACCGUCGCCAAGUUCCAGACAAGAAUGUUCGUUCUGUACAAGCAUCAGCUGGUAUACAAAAGUAAAGAUGGAAAACAGACACGUGGUAGCGUGAGUGUGAUGGGUAUCAAGAUCUGUGAGGACGUUGAGGAAUGCUCCUUUAACCGCCCCCACGUCUUUCAGGUAGGGUAUUUGGAAAAAGGGAAGAUGUUUCAUCUGUAUAUCCAAGCCAAGGAUCACGACAUGAGAGAAUCAUGGAAGAUCCACGUAAGAAAACUUUGUUCGGCGUAUAACGAUCACCGGAUGCAGUCACAGUACCACCCGGGCCACUACAAGAGAGAUAAAUGGAGCUGCUGUGCUAACGCGGACAAAAACAACAUAGGGUGCCGAGAAGCGUACUCAUACGAGGAGAGUCGACCGCUUGGAUCAGUGGGAUUAAGUUUGACGUUGCCGGUGAGCACCAUGUCACUCCAGAAGACGCCAGUUAUGCAUAGAGUCAAUCCAAAUCACCGUAUUAGAAUGCCCAGUGAGUGUUAUGACAGUGAUGACAUGAUUGAUGAGCUCUUGAGAUCACCCACUCCCAGCCCCCAGCAAAGAAACAGUCCGGUCCUUCUUCGACCCGGCCCGGAGAGAAAAUACCUACCUAGCGAAUACCUGAAAAACCGUGGUGCUAAAGCCCGGUACAGCCUCCAGCCUGAAAUGCCCUCCUCUCCCUUACUCUCCCCGGUUGCACAAGACUCCCCCACACCCUCCCCUACAUUUACCUACAAGUUUGAGCACAAGAAGUACACUAGCUUCAAAAGGGCACAAUCGGAGGAUCAAAUUGGUAAUCGUGGACGGAAUGAUAGUGCUGCUAGUCGUCCUGCUCGUCAGUCCCUCUGCGAAUUUGAACCUGGUUUAUACUUCGGGAAAUCUGAGGACACUUAUCUUGUGAUACGAAAACCAAAAAUAGUGGCGGACCGAACUUCACCGAGCUUCAUCGACCGAGCUUCACAAGUAUUUGAAGAGAUCGAAGAAGAACCUGAAACUGAAAGCGCUAACGCACCUCUGAGCAGUCAGUCGCUGAGGUACACAUGCCGGCCCUCACUCGGGUCCAUAUCCUCCAGAGUACCUGACAGACCUGACAAACAGGACAGUAUGACUGAUGUCGUACCCCCCGCAGCCAUGUCUACCCCUUACUACUGUCCCAUCAACACAGGUCGGAAAGAAGCUGAAGUCUGCAACACCCGAAAUUACUCCAUAGCCAGCAGUACAUGUGGUAUCGUAGGCAGCGACAGAUUAGACUCCUUCAGCCACACUACUCGCCUGGACUCCCAGGGCUCAACCAUCGGUUCCAGCUUCUGUGAGAGUAUCCCACGCACAGAGAGCGACUAUCAGAGGAGGAUAGAAGAAGUUGAAGAGGGUGGUUCGGGACCUAUUUACGUUAGCUCUAGUAUGUCUACUUCGGCCGAUCGCGAUCUGGAUAGCUUCUUGCGCAGGGACAGCACACUAGAUUUUGAAAUUGAAAUGGAGCGGCAGAGAUCACAUAGUGGCACGUACGUUAAUACCCACGGGGAGUACGCAGGGGAUUACGCGUACGACUGAAAGUGAAAUUCAGUAUCGGAGAAAUUUGAAUAUAUGAUAGAUUCUUUUUUCAAGAAGUGAAAUAACUUAUAGUGAUAUCUAUCCGAAUUGAACGUACGCCUAUCCUAAAUUUCACAUGAUUAAUAUUUGAACAAAAAUUUCGUGGAUACUUCAUUUGACUGCUGAUUUUCUUUAAACUCAUGACAACGUUCCUCAUUACAAUACAUUGUAUUUAUGAAUCUUGUACGUGAUUUAAAUAGGCCAAAGUUUCCGAUACUUGCCAAAUUAGACGUGUGUGUUUUGGAUACAAUUGAAGUGAUAUUUUGAUAAUGAGACAUUUCUUAGCUAAAUUUUCUUGUUAACUUGUUUUAAAUUCUCCAUUGUGAC